AUGGGUCUAUGUGGUAGUAAGCCUAGUAAAGGUGUGCCGUUGGCCGCUGAUAGUUCAGCACCAAAAUCAAAUAACAAAACUACAUCAAAAAAGAGCACGGGAAGACCGAUUGAUGUCACGCAAAGUCACCAUACCUUAUCUCCAAGAGAAGCUGCAAGAGUGGCCGCUGAACAGCGAAAUGCUAAACUUGAAGCUGCCAACGCCAAAAGUGAAUUGAGUCAGAAACUAGCCCAUGAGCGUGCCAAAUCCAGGAAAACGCAUGUGAUGGAAAUUGCGCAGAAAUGA